AGUCCUCCAUCUGCUCUAGCAAACAGACCACUGAAAAUGACAUUAUUACAUGGUCAGGCUGUCAGGGGAAUAGAACUGGAACCUCCACCACAUGGUUUGGAGGAAGCAUUCCAGACCCUCUUCAAUGCCAAGUCCCUCCUGUUCCUGGCAGAGCUGGUCACCACGUUCCAAACAGAGGUUGACAAGAUACUUAAUCUCAGAAUCUCAAGGAAGGUUCGCCUAGACCUGACAGGAGAUCUCCCGGGCUUCUCUGAUGACACUGCUCAUAUCCGUGGUGACCCAGCAUGGAGGGUGCUCCCUGUGCCCGAGAGGCUGCAGCGGAGACACGUGGACAUUGGAGACCUGGCCCCCUGUGACACAGAGCGCUUCAUACAGGGCCUGAGGUCCCCAUCGCAGGGCAUCCAGGUGGAUUUUGAUGAUGGAAACUGUCCAACAUAUCGCAAUCAAAUUAAGGGCAUUUACAAUGUUUACAAGGCAGUACGCAAUCAGUUUCAUGAUGCUCCACCAAUCUCCCAGGCUCCUGUGCUGAUGCUUCGCCCGCGUGCCUGGAACAUGGUGGAGCAGAACAUGAUGGUCAAUGGGAGACAGGUGCCUGGACCACUGUUUGAUUUCGGUCUGUUGAUGUUCCACAAUGCAACGCUGCUUUUUGAGAACAAGAGCGGUCCUUUUUUCUACCUGUCAAAGAUUGAAAGCUACCUUGAGGCAAGACUUUGGAACAGCAUAUUCCUCUGGUCUGAAGAAAAGCUGGGCCUGCCUGUAGGCAGCAUCAAAGCGACGGUGCUAAUUGAAAACGUCCUGGCCACUUUCGAGAUGGAAGAGAUUUUGUAUGAGCUCCGAGAUCACUCUGCUGGCCUCAACUGCGGAAUCUGGGACUACUCUGCCUCCUUCGUCAACAAGUUUGGUCACCGCACGGCAUUCCUGCUCCCUGACCGCAGCAAGUAUGUGAACAUGGAGAAGCUGUUUCUGAAGUCCUAUAUGGACCUGCUGGUCCAGACCUGCCACAGGCGUGGGGCGCUGGCCACAGGGGGCAUGGCGGCUCUGCUGCUGCCCCGCGAUAAGAACAGCGCCCUCUAUAGCAAGGUCCUUGCCACUGUCACCAGGUUAAAGUUACUAGAGAUCAAGGCUGGAGUUGAUGGUUUUAUGGUCUAUGAUUUGGACUUGAUAGAACCAAUGCAACAACUGUUUCAGCAGCACACGCAGGGUGAGAACCAGCUAACUGAGCUCCGGGAUGACCUGACUGUGACCCCUGCCAACCUGCUUACCAUGCCAGCGGGUGGAGUUACCCUCUAUGGGCUGAAAUAUAACAUUGCUGUAGGCAUCCUCUUUAUUGAGGCAUGGCUGACAGGGAAAGGUCAUUUCUUCUACAAGGGUCAAGUGGAGGAUUCGGCAACUGCUGAGAUCUCCAGAUCACAGGUGUGGCAAUGGAUCCGUCACCAGGUGAGGUUAGAGGACGAUGACAGGCAGGUCACCAGCGGUUUGGUGAAGAUCCUGACCCAGGAAGUGAUGCAAGAGCUGAGGGAGGUGCUGCAGUGUCGCACUGUGAGAGAUGUGCAGAGACUGCUGACUGCUACCUCCAUGUUCUUGGAGGUAGUACAGAAAAGCCAGUUCCCAGAAUUCCUCACCACCUACCUGAGCCAGGACCACACCUUCCUCGCCUCUCAGGCAGAAAACACGGGGCCAGACGCAGGAGGCCCUCCCAAGCACAAGCUGUGACCGCACAAACUCCCACCCCAUAGUAGACACAAAUGGAGAAAG